AUGGUCGGUGGAGGACUCUCAUUUGGCGGCGGCGGCUUCAAAAGCUACCCGAGAAGUAUCGCGUUCUGGCGGCGCGACUUUGCAAGAGUCCGACGCUUUCACCGCAGCUCUGAGAACCAGCGCUUCAUAGCCGACCGUGGCUCCAUAAGAGGUGUCCAGGACAUCGACACCGCGGAAGGCUCCCUUGAGUACUUCUUCAAGAUCCCCAUUUCAGAUCUGGAAGCCGUGUAUCGGUUCGAAGAGCGAAGACACAGCGCUUCUGGCUCUUGGGGAACGCUGUGGAUUGAAUUCGGAGGGGAGUCAGACGAUGUCGGCGAAUCGGGCGCUGCAUCGACUAUCGACCAGGACAUCGUCAUGUUUCAAUUCAUAGCACAGAGUGGCCAAAGAUCCACAGCCAUCACAGAGUUCUGUUCCCAAGCAUGUGCUCGGGACCUACUUUCGGCGCACACAGAUGCCCACAAGACUUAUGUUGUGAAUAUUUGGCUAGAAGAGAACGUGUGGCGUGAUGGAGAACACGUCUUCCACGACCAGCAGUACCUUUUGAAUGCAGCACAGCUUUGCAGCAUCGUGCUGCCGAGGGCAGAGGCUUUAAUCAGCAAGCUUCUGUCGCGUUGGAUCGCAACGGACUCGGGCAACGAUGAGAACAUAGCAUCUACACAUGCACCGUCCACUUCGCCUACAGGAUGGGAAGAACGGCAAAGUGGCGCUGGUCACGUUCGUGAUGUCGAUCACAAUACGCGCUCCACGACAUGGGACCGGCCGACCGUAUUUAGCAGCGAAGGUGGAACAGUCGAAGAUGCACGGCUGCGAAUGUCGCCGGGCUCUGAGCGUCAGGUAGACGCCUCCGGUAGUGACGUUGGCUCUGAUGAUGGUACACAGUCAGCGAAUGUACACGCUUGCCCGACGACUCUGGAACGCCCUAUAUCGUUCCCCUUCAAGGCGCUGCGGAAUAUUACAUCACUGGGCUCGAAACUGCUGCUAAGAUCUCGACAGGUCGUGGGGUUGGGUAAGCGACAAAUGUCGAGAGAAGAGACUCAAGAUCGCUCGGAUAUGCCAUUCAUCAACGACAUCACGCCGCUCACUGCGUGGGCUCUAAUCUUGACAACGCCAGAUCGCGACGUGAGGUUCCUGUGUGAUAACCUCGAGAAGCACUUGGCCGGUCGAACACAUAUGGCCGUAGAGCUUCCGCCCACCGACAUUACCACAUUCGAGCUCAUUCUGCACCUUGCUUAUUUCUCUUUGCGGUACACGGAGAUUCCUGAGAAGCCAGGUCGCACCUCGGAAACCAAUAGAGUCAUCGACUUGACUUUUAUGAAGGCGAAUCCAGGCAAAGCAAAAUUGACGUUGCAUCUUUCGCAGGUGUCGUGUGUCCUCAAAGGCAUAGACCGAACCCGGUUUCGCGUUCUGUGUCUCGUAAGAUCAAGCUUUGGGCGUAACAAUGGGCAUAAAGAGACCGUGGAGGCAUAUCGAGCCGAGCAAGACGCUGGAGUAGCCUGGGAUCCGCUGACAGCUGGUGAUAGAACUUUGGACAUGAUGCUACCAUGUGAGCCCCGGGACUACUGGUUGAUUGUAGUCGAUGUGAGAUUUCAGAUUGCACUCGAGGAAUGGCAAGGAGUGCUCGAGCUUUUCCAGGAAACAGCGAAGGCAUUGAGAACGGAUCGUGAUCGAUCACAACCUCAGAGUCCACUGAAUCGUGACUCGGACCAGAUUAUGCAGGCCAUGUCGAUUGCAACAGACAUGCAGCGAUCGCUAUCACAUACGGUUUCCUGGCUCCAGGCCUUCUUCGACAGCGAUGCACACUACUUUCGCAGCGACAAGCGCGGAACAUCUGCAGACCGCAGAAUGCGAGGUCUCUACACUAGUCUCCGACGACUGCAGGGUGUUCUGAACGACUUCGGUGAUGUCGUUGACCAACUGCAACGAAUCAGACAAGACAUCAAGUUGAAGGCCACGUCGAAUCAAGAAAGGGCAGCAGUGGGCAAUACGCGCCUGGGCAUGAUCGUUGUAUCCAUCACGACGCUUUCCGCGGCCUCAUCGCCAUACUCAAUGGAUAAGGAUGUAAUGGCUAAAGUUAUGCCGUGGCUUCCCAUGAAUUUCUGGGCGUUCUCAAUGUUCGCAAUGAGCCUCAUCGUGGGUGUUUUCAUUCUGGCCGCGGGUCUCGGUGUGAUACAUUUCGACAUUAUCAGCACAUUGAGUAGUGCUAUGCACAAGUCAAAGAAGAUCAAUACCGGAUGGAUCCGACUUCCACAGCACGGGACAAGCUCUCGAACACGCGAAAGCCAUGUCAACGACAUUGAGCAGACAGGCUCGUCUGCAGGAACGAGUGACGGACCAGAUCACAGCCUUCCGCGACAGUCAUUCUCGGGUCCAUGA